AUGGCGCUUCCCGCACGGAUGGUGACGCUGCGGCGAGGGGCUCCAUGCACAUUGAGCUGCCAUCAUUCAUUUUGUGCGAUUCAAAGUUUGGGCAGAGGUGUGAUGAUAUUGACUCGCGUGGCUUUGUACCAGCGCACAUGCAAGCCGCCACAGGAGGGCGCCAAGGACGCGGCUGCAACAUGUCGUGCUGCAUUUCAGCACUUUAUUCGCCUUCGGAGCUCUGAAUAUACCGGGACACAUGUGCCCACGUUCGAUAAGACCGCUACAAGUACUGCGACGGCCACUAACGGAGUGGCGCUGGAAGACGAUGAGGCGGAGGAGCCCAUGCGUCAUGCGUUGGAGACGAUUGAAGUCUGCCCAGUCACAAGCAAUGGACGUCAUACGGACGCACGAUGCACCGAGAAGGUUGAAAGGAUAAAAGAGAAGAAUGGGGGGAGGUGCUUGCGGUCAGAACGGAUGCAGCCCUCUUCUUCUUCUUCAUUCUUCUUCGCUUCCUGCUCCGUACCGCGGGGAAAACGGGAUUUGUGUCGUCUGCAUCAACGCGCGGCGAAGGAUUUGAAUAUGGCACGAGAAACGCAGAUUCGAAUGGAAUAUGAGCGUGCAGUGAACAUUUUACACGAAAUUCAUAUGGCCCUGAAGGGGAUUAUGCCUCCUUUUGGAGGUCCUCAUGGGAGUCAGUCGAGAAGACCACACAAGGAAUGGUUGGAUUCCACCGAAGCAAUACGAUUUGAACGUUUGCAUCAACUCCGCGAUACCACAAGCCGACUUUCGACGGCACAUUUUCUUUUACUGCCUGUGGCUUCCAUUCUACAGUUUCUUGAGCUCGUUGGGAGCAUUGCUGCUCUUGUGCAGGAGCCGCACAGCACCGCCCAUGGUUAUGUUGUGCGACAGGCGGUGCGGGCACUCUUCCUCGAUAUCACUGCCGCCACAAUGAACACAAGCAAGGGGCCUGCUUCUACCAGUCAUACGGGAAAUAAAGUGAAUUCACAGAUGCAUCUUUUAUCAGGUCUUCAUUACUACAAACUUCUGCGCGUCAUGCUCUCUCUACCAUCCGUUGAAACCAUUGAGGUGUCUGGCAACACUGGAACAGUGAUGCCAUUGGAGGAGUUCUGUGUGCGGCAGUUAAGUAAUGGUGUAAACGUCUCUGUGCAAUCAAAUCUUAAGCUGUUUCUUCAUGAGAUUGGACCAAUUCGUGCUGUUCGUGUGGUCGCGUGGUGCAUGCGCCAUGCAGCCUCACUGCCUGUCUCAUCAUGGCAAGGGAAAAAACGCCCUUCAUUCGGGGCAUCCUCCGUCUUGCCACCACGUGGGGAGUUGCGCAUUCCCUUUGGUGUUGGCAAGGAGUAUACACAAAGUGUGUUGGCCUCCUUUUCGGGGUACAAUCCCCGUGGGGACGAUACCAGCAAGGAGAAUGUGACUAAAGAGAAGGCGCGAACAACAUUUGGGGUAAAAGAGCUGGCGGUGUUGUGCAACGCCAUUGUCUUUUAUGAGAUCCGGACAAUGGAGGCCGUGAAGGUUCUUGUGGAGGCCGCACCGGUGUGUGCAGCGGGGGUAGAGGAGUUGUCAGGCCAUCAGUUGAGUUGUGUCAUGCUCGCUUACGCGACGC